AUGCUGAGCAGGUGGAUGAGUGGCAGCAGCAGGAACCUGGACCGCGAGUACAACUGCACCGUGCGGCUGCUGGACGACAGCGAGUACACCUGCACCAUCCAGAGAGAUGCCAAGGGUCAGUACCUGUUCGACCUUCUCUGCCACCACCUAAACCUCCUGGAGAAGGAUUACUUCGGGAUUCGGUUCGUGGACCCUGACAAGCAAAGGCAUUGGUUGGAAUUUACAAAGUCAGUGGUGAAGCAGAUGAGGGCCCAGCCGCCGUUCACCAUGUGCUUUCGCGUGAAGUUUUAUCCCACGGACCCUGCUGCUCUGAAGGAGGAAAUAACCAGGUAUUUAGUCUUCCUGCAGAUCAAGAGAGACCUCUACCAUGGCCGUCUUCUCUGCAAGACUUCAGAUGCUGCUCUGUUAGCCGCCUAUAUCCUUCAAGCGGAGAUUGGGGACUACGACCCGGGCAAGCACCCAGAAGGCUACAGCUCCAAGUUCCAGUUUUUCCCUAAACAUUCAGAAAAGCUGGAAAGGAAAAUUGCAGAGAUUCACAAAACAGAACUGAGUGGUCAGACACCAGCUACUUCAGAGUUAAAUUUUCUGCGGAAAGCCCAGACUCUGGAGACCUAUGGAGUUGACCCACACCCUUGCAAGGACGUGUCAGGCAACGCGGCGUUUUUGGCCUUCACUCCUUUCGGGUUUGUUGUUCUGCAGGGAAACAAGAGAGUUCACUUCAUCAAAUGGAAUGAGGUGACCAAAAUGAAAUUUGAGGGGAAGACGUUCUAUUUGUAUGUAAGUCAGAAAGAGGAAAAGAAAAUCGUUCUUACAUACUUCGCUCCAACACCAGAAGCCUGCAAACAUCUCUGGAAGUGUGGGAUAGAAAACCAAGCUUUUUACAAGUUGGAGAAGUCAAGCCAGGUCCGAACUGUGUCCAGCAGCAACUUGUUCUUCAAAGGAAGCCGGUUCCGAUACAGCGGCCGCGUUGCGAAGGAGGUGAUGGAGUCCAGCGCCAAGAUCAAGCGGGAACCUCCGGAAAUACACAGGGCCGGGCUGGUGCCCAGCCGCAGCUGCCCGUCCAUCACCCACGGGCCCCGGCUGAGCAGCGUGCCGCGGACGCGGAGGAGAGCCGUGCACAUCUCCAUCAUGGAAGGCCUGGAGUCGCUGCGCGACAGCGCCCACUCGACCCCGGUGCGCUCGGCCUCCCACGGAGACGCCUUCGUGCCGCAGGCGAGGAGCGGCCGCGCCGAGAGCAGCGAGCGCGUGGCCGUCAUCGCGGACGAGAACUACAGCCCGGCGGACAGCGUGCUGCCCACGCCGGUGGCGGAGCACAGCCUGGAGCUGCUGCUGCUCGCCCGGCAGAUCAACGGCGCCCCGUGCAGCAUCGAGGAGGAGAAGGAGUCCGAAGCCAACACGCCCACCGCGGCCGAGGCGGAGGCGCUGGGCGGCGAGUUCAGGGCCUUGUGCCAGGGCGCUGCUGGCGCUGGCGGGACACAAGCGGAACAGGUGAAUAAGUUUGUUUUAAGUGUCCUCCGUUUGCUCCUUGUGACAGUUGGACUCCUCUUUGUUUUGCUCCUUCUCCUGAUCAUCCUUACUGAGUCUGACCUUGACACUGCCUUUUUCCGUGAUAUUCGCCAGACCCCCGAGUUUGAACAGUUCCAUUAUCAAUACUUUUGUCCCCUCAGGCGAUGGUUUGCCUGCAAAAUCCGCUCCGUGGUAAACCUGCUCAUUGACACCUGAAGGCAGGAGUCUCCAAAUAACUAGCCAGGUGGACUCAGAAGAUACCUGCUGCCCGUUCCCAGCAAAUGGGACCCCUUGUGGCACCAUCGGCACAUACAAUAAUCCUUCUUUCAUGACUCAGAGUACAGUGCGACCUAGGACGUGUCUUUCCAAGACGAAGAAAGGGAUAGACUCAUGCCAGAUCAAACACAUUUCCUUACAGACCCUCUUUCCUAGCAUACUCAGCCGUUCCGUCUCCUAUCUUGGAGCCAGCAGGAAAAUUUAAGUUUUUAAUUUUGAUUUUUUUUCAUAGAUGCGUGUAAUACUUUGGAAGUAUCAAAUAAAGAGAGGAAUUUAUUUUA